CCCAAAUUCUCCUUAAGUCGGUUCGUGAACAGAAUAUAAAAGCCGGAUGCUCGCUCACUUUAGCUUGCAAUUUUUCGCUCUCGGCGUUCAAAAAGCUCUCUUGAUUCUUUGAAACCUUAACAAUGGCGUCCCUGAAGCGCGAGCUCUCAAUUGGAGAUGAACCUGCAUCCAAGAAGUCAAAGAUCCAUGGAGAUGGCGGUGCAUCUGAUUCUGCGAAGCCAAAUUCGGAGAAACAGCGCGUGGUACUUAACCCAGCGGACUGUAACCUUGAUUUUGAUAUUGAAGAGAAUGGCUGUAAAGGCUCUGCGCUUCACGAGCAGGGAUUUGCUUACUGCUGGUCAGGUGCUCGUGCUAAUAUCGGGAUCACCGGAGGGAAAUAUUGUUUCAGUUGCAAAAUUAUUUCAGCUCAAGUAGUUGAUAUGGAAGACACUGCCCUUGAUCAGCAACAUGUUUGCCGUAUUGGCAUUUCAAGGGGGGAUGAUGCUGUGGGAAACCUUGGGGAAACUGAGCACAGCUUUGGGUUUGGAGGCACUGGCAAAGUUUCCAAUGCUGGAAGAUUUUCUGAUUAUGGAGAGAAGUUUGGAGUUGGAGAUACCAUUAUCUGCGCUGUUGAUCUUGAAAGUAAACCAUUAGCUUCCGUGGGAUUCUCCAAGAAUGGGAAAUGGUUGGGUACUGCAAUGCAAUUCGAUUCUGGCCCAAAGGGUCUUGGAUUGGAUGUUGAUCCUCAAUUGAAGGAGCAAUGUUUGGAGUUAGCUGUCUUUCCACAUAUUCUAUUGAAAAAUGUAGUGGUUAUGGUGCAGUUCAGUGUUGAAGAAGGACUUCUUCCUGAAGCAGGCUACAAACCUUGGGCAUCAGCCGUUGAUGAUGGACAUGGAAUUAUGGGACCUGUUUUUUCAGAUGUGAAAGACUGUGAAGUUAUGAUGCUAGUGGGGUUACCUGCGUCUGGAAAAACUACUUGGGCAGAGAAAUGGGUGAAAGAUCAUCCUGAGAAACGUUAUAUGUUACUUGGAACAAACUUGAUUCUUGAUCAAAUGAAGGUUCCAGGUCUAUUGCGUAAGAAAAAUUAUGGUGAACGCUUUGAUCGAUUGAUGAGUCGAGCAAAUGCAAUGUUUGAUACUCUGUUAGCCAGAUCUUCGAGAACCCCUCGCAAUUAUAUUAUUGAUCAAACCAAUGUUUACAAGAGUGCUCGCAAACGUAAAUUGAGACCAUUUGCAAACUUCCACAAGAUUGCUAUAGUGUUAUUUCCAACUCCAGAAGAGCUGAAGUAUCGUGCAGAAAAAAGAUUUAAAGAAAUGGGAAAGGAGGUUCCAGCUGAGGCAGUGAACAAUAUGUUAGCCAACUUUGUAUUGCCGAUGACCAAGGGUAUGAAUGGCUCAGAUGAGUUUUUUGAUAAGGUUAUCUUCGUAGAACUCGACAGAGGAGAGUCACAGAGGUACUUGAAUGAAAUGAAGCGUGCCCUAGUUAGAGCACCCAAUCCAAAUGAUUUCUCACCAUAUUCUCGUGAAAGUUCUAUUGAUUCCGGUGAAAGUUCUACUGAUUCCGGUGCUAGACCUUUGCCACAAUAUGAGGGAGCCUUAUCAGUUUCUAGUGGACAUUGGCAAAGAUCUCAUAUACCUCCAGCUCCUUUGAAUCAUUACUACCAAACGCCAGAUCAGUCAUUGCAGGUGAACUCAACAUAUUGCAGAAAGGAAUCCUAUUCUCCUGUUUAUCGAGGAUAUCAAAAUCCCCCUGUACCCAGGGCACCUGCUCCUUAUGAAACUUAUAGAAGUUCUGCUCCAAGAGGCAAUGCUGGUUACUCUGAGAGUUACCGUCCCAUACCUGGGAGUGGAACUAACACUUACCAGAGACAUGGAGAUGUUGGCCUAUCGAUAAGACCAAACAUCUAUGGCAGAAAUGUCGUCGGUGGUGCUGAUCCUUACAGGAGUAGUAUGGCUGAAUAUGUUCCUUUUGGAAGUGCAAGACCUGCUUCAUCUGAAUACAGCGUUCACUCCAUACCAAUUAGUGUCACGGGAGCUCCCCCAACCGGUAUUCAGGCUUCAAGGGCUGCAACAUUCUCACCUGGUCCUCUUUCAACCCCAUAUGGUCGGCCUUAUGGAAUUUCAAAUCAAAAUGCAAGACCUUUAUAUGAAAAUGGUCCUGCAUACAGGCAUCCUGCUGGAGGAUAUCCCCUUCCUCAUCAGAGCUACUUCUGAUGCACUGGCAUGGCUUCGAAGCAUCGGGAGUGCUCCAUCUGCGCUGUUUGUAAAGGUGAAAAGGACAAACAAAUUGCCUUAUUUUAACUUGUGACUUGAGCACCAAUGUAGAUGAUAUACACGAAGGUAAAUAAGGCUUUUUAAUAUGGUUAGCAUUUGUUGAUAGCUAGGUAAACAGAUUAAGAAUUUAAGAAAAUUUGAAUUUCUGCAAAA